UUCAUUCGUCACUUCUUUGUCCGAGAAUAAUAAUAAUAGUAUUUAGUUUACGCGUAGCGCAAAUGUUAGAUGUUAUUUAUUUGUUACUUCGAUAACAUGAUAACGCCGCAAAUCUGGCUGUGAUAGAAUGCUAAUGUUGCAAGCAUGAAUGGGAUUAUCAGUGGCACAGAAAAUUCUGCAGGAAACAGUAUUUUUUCACUGCUCCUAGUUGAGGCGUAAUUGUAUUGCGCCACACUUGAGGAGCCACGGAGUUGAUGCCGUAAUAGCGAACAAAUUCAAUUAGAAGCUCUUUAGGGUUGUGAAAACUCAAUAAGUACAAAGCUGCGACAUCGAGGAAAAUACUCUUUCUGCGCCCUCUUCAAAUCAUUUCAAAAUGUCUGAUUCGACCGGUGAACGUUCCCCUUUGAUCCCUGCGAUUCCAUCGCAUUCGCGCCGAUAUGGCGCAUCCGAGGAUGCUGAUGCGAUCGUUACUGACGAAACGCGCGAAACGAUGAGCAGUUUUGUGGUCAACAAUGUGGCCGGAGAAUCCGGCCGAAAGCUACCGCAAUACAUCGCUGGCCUGGCAGCAUCUGGUGGCGCUUUAGCUGCGGGUACCUUCCUCGGGUGGACAUCCCCGGCCGAACAUCCUCUGGUGAGGGAGAAUGAGUACGGAUUUCCCAUCACGGGCGAUCAGUUCUCGUGGAUUGGAUCGAUAGCUAAUUUGGGAGCGGCACUGAUGUGCUUCCCGAUCGGUAUCAUGAUGAAGAAGAUGGGCCGCAAGUGGGCUAUGUUAUCGCUGGUUUUACCCCUGCUGCUGGGCUGGUUGCUGAUCAUAUUUGCCAACAAUGUGGCCAUGAUAAUGGUGGGUCGAUUCUUCCUCGGUGUUGGCGGUGGUGCAUUUUGUGUGGCCUCGCCGACUUACACGGCUGAAAUUGCACAGUCAUCGAUCCGUGGCACCCUGGGAACGUUCUUCCAACUGCUCGUCACCGUUGGUAUCCUGUUCGUGUAUGGCAUUGGAGCUGCGGUCAGCGUGCAAGUGCUCAGCAUUAUUUGCGGCGUCAUUCCACUUGUGUUCGGAUUGAUCUUUUUCUUUAUGCCGGAGAGUCCACACUAUUAUGUCGAGAAAGGUCGCUACGAUGAAGCCUCCAAAUCACUGAAAUGGCUUCGUGGCAGUCGAUAUGACGAGCGGGCCGAAAUUGAACAGCUGAAGGAAGAGGAAGCCAGGAUGCGCGCGGAGAAAAUCACUUUUGUGCAAGGAUUCCGCCAAAAGGCAACAAUUCGCGCGCUGAUCAUCUCCCUUGGAAUGAUGUUCUUCCAGCAGUUGUCUGGAAUCAACGCCGUUAUUUUCUACACCGUUGCCAUUUUUGAUGAUGCCAACACCGGACUGAAGGCGACCGAUGCGACAAUUAUUGUCGGAUCAAUUCAAGUGGUCGCCACUCUGCUCGCCACAUUCAUUGUCGAUAAAUCGGGUCGCCGAAUCCUGCUGAUGAUUUCCGACUUCUUCAUGGCCAUCUCCACCAUUCUUCUGGCCGUGUACUUCCAGCUCAAAGAAAACGAUGCCAGCCAAGUCGAGAAUCUAGGCUGGCUACCCGUUCUAGCCGUGUGUCUCUUCAUCGCAAUGUUCUCCAUCGGAUUCGGACCGGUUCCGUGGCUACUGGUGGGCGAACUUUUCGCAAACAACGUCAAAGCCUACGCUAGCCCACUUGCCGGAGUAUUUAACUGGUUGUUGGCCUUCCUCGUGACAAAUAUCUUCGGAACGCUCCGCGACAGUCUAGGCAUCGCUGGCGUAUUUUGGCUGUUCUCUGGUUUCUCCCUCCUGGGAACAGUGUUCGUGUUUUUCCUCGUUCCCGAAACGAAAGGCUUGUCUCUGGUCGACAUCCAGCGCAUGUUGUCGGGCGAAAAAAUUGACAGGUCAAAGGAAAAGUCGGACAUCGACGGAAACAAAAGCGAGGCGCAAUAAAAAGUUACUCCUGUUCGAUACAUUCUUCAGCGAAGGAUGCAUCACUUUGUAUAUAUUUCAUUCCUAUUGAAGUUGCUCACUCCUGAUCAUCGGCGCAUUCCGUCCGGUACAACAGGCAGCAGCUUAUCGUGGCAUCGUGCGGAACGAAGCUAGUAUAGAGAUUACCAUUGGUAUACAGUGUACCCCAUUUAUAACCAGCAAACGGAGGAAGGGUUUUAACAAUUAUACGAAAGGAUAAUAUGACUUAGUUAUAAGUGGUGUACACUGUACGAGAAGAAACAGUACUGAGACGUGACAUUCUGUUGAACGCGUCAAUAGUCUAUGUUAUCUGUACUAGUUUAGACAACAAAUCACUUUUCAUUCUUGACUUGUGAUAAUCGCAUAUCAAUGUAGCGGAAAAUGAGUAUAUUAAAUAUAUGAUAUUUUGAAGCUCCUUUAGAUUUUGUACUGUUCGAAAUUAAUAAUAUAAAAAAGAACAUAAAAUAAAAUAAUAAAUUACGAUGUUCAA